CCCACGAACACCAAAACCGUUACUUUAUGGCAGGAGAGGCUGCCAUUUCGUUCUUAUUCUAAUGGUCGGUUCUUAUAGGUUUACAAGGAGGAGAGAUGUAUUCUUCCCAUGGCGUCAUUCUUCCCGUGAACCUGGGAAGAUCGAUCCGGAAAGUGAUGCAUAAGGUGGGGAAAGGUCGGGUGGUGGAGUCGCGGUGCAGGCGACCGGAUCUGGCUUCGUGUUCCUCUGGAGACGCCUUCGCGAGCUGUUCCGGCCUCGAUAUCAAUCAUGAUGCGAGAGAAGGAAGGCGGCGGAAGAUGUGCUGCCAUAGAACUCAACUUGAACAAGAAGUUCAGAGAUUGCAGCAGCAACUGCAGGAAGAGAUUGAUGUGCAUGUGGCUUUAGCAUAUGCAGUAGCACAUAAUGCUGUCCCUUUUUUGAGCUCUCCUUCCAGUCUUCCAGAUAGAGCUCGGGAGCUUCUACAUGAUAUAGGAACACUGGAGACUACAGUUUCUAAGCUUGAAGAGGAGUUGGCUUCUUUGCAGCUUCAGCAUUGUCAAGAAAGGACUGAACGCCAUCUUGCUGAAAACCAUCUAGAAUAUUUUCCAUCAUUUUCACCAGAAUCACCUACAUCUUCCAGUUGCUUGUGGGAAGAGUUGUUAGGAUCAUGCAACAGGGUUGACGAAGGGAACAAAAUGGAUGUCUGUCUUCAACAGUCUGAUGCAGCGGAAUUGAAGAAGGAUCUCUUACAAAGGAACUUAUGUAAUAAUCCAAACCAGCUUUCAGAAGAAAUGGUGAGAUGCACGAGAAAUAUCUUUCUUUGUCUAUCUGAAUCAUCAGACAGAUGUUCAAAGGCAUCUUCUUUAGAUUGUUUGCCUUCUCAAUCAUCACCAAAUGACCAGCGGUCUUUUUCUUCAUUCACAUCCUUUUCUGAUUCAUCCUUAAUAUCCUCACCUUUUCGAAAUCCUCCAAAUGGAACACAUAAAACUGAUGAGGUAAUGGAUCAAGUGGAUGGAUUUGAUCCUUAUGGAGUUAAUGGCAAGGUGCAAAGCAGGAAUAUUGGAACGUAUCGUUUGGCAGCUGAAGUAUCAUGGAUGUCUGUCGGGAAGGCAGAGCUAGAAUAUGCUUCUGAGGCUCUAAAAGGUUAUAGAUUUCUUGUUGAGCAAUUGGCAAAGGUUAAUCCAGCUUGUAUGGGUGGGAAUGAGAGGCUUUCCUUUUGGGUCAAUGUGUAUAAUGCCUUGACAAUGCAUGCCUAUUUAGCAUAUGGAGUUCCUAGAAGCGACAUCAAGCUAUUUUCCCUCAUGCAGAAGGCAUCUUAUAUAGUUGGUGGCCAUUCAUUCAGUGCAGCUGAGAUUGAAUUUGUCAUUUUAAAGAUGAAACCUCCAGCACAUCGUCCACAGCUAGGAUUGUUAUUGGCUGUUCACAGAUUUAAGAUUUCUGAAGAGCAUAGAAAGUAUUCCAUUGACAGACUUGAGCCUCUGGUGCUAUUUGCCCUUAGCAGUGGGAUGUAUUCCUCACCUGCGGUAAGGGUCUUCACACCUGAUAACAUUCAAGAUGAGCUUCAGAACUCCAAGAAGGACUAUAUUCAAGCAUCAAUAGGUAUUGGUGAAAAGGGAAAACUGCUAGUGCCAACACUGCUGCACUGUUUUGCCAAGGGCAUUGUUGAGGAUUCUUUGUUGGUCGACUGGAUUCGUCAACAUCUUUCCCCCGAUGAAGUAAUUAUUUCUCGGGAUUCUACAUCACUGCAGAAGCGGUGGUUGCUUGAUGUUCAGAGUUUUAGUAUCAUCCCGUUUGAUCCAAGUUUCCGGUACCUAUUCUUGCCUGAUGACAAUACUUCUCGGGAGUCUCCCCAUGAUCGGUCUGUUUGAGCAGCCUUGAAGUGGUUAAAGAUUAUCAUCUUUAAGCUACAGAUUUCCACAUUUUCCCUAGCACAUGUGUCCAUGUCGACAUUUAAACAUGCACCAGCAAAGAUUUCUUCACCUGAACAUAUCCUCAACUACAAUUCUAUAAAUUCUUGGUCAUGCAGAAGAUGACUGUAAAUAUGCAUGAUAUCUAAGUGAGAUGCUUGGUUUGUUUGCACAUAAACAUAUGAAAAGAGGUACACGCAAACUAAUGUGGAUUUUACCAUAAGUGCAAAGUCAAUUUCGAGGGUUUGAUGCUUCUGCAAGAACUGGUUAUGUGAUCUGUUGAGGAAAAUUUUCCGCUUGUGCUUGAGUUGUACACUGAGAUGAGAUUAUCAAUCCAAAGUGGUUCUCUGUAGGUUUGACUAAACUAAGCUGCCUCUGUAUGUUGUAUGUGGCAAUAUCAUUUCGUUAUGUAUGUGAACUUGAGCAUUCAAUGGAAAUAAUGUGGAUAACUCUA